UCACGCUAUCGGCUUAUCACCGCUCUAAAUCAUGCCACCCGGAGCUACGACGGUGAGGCCGACGGUCGCCGGCACCGGAGUUCUCAUAGGCGGCCUUCGAGGAACGCCGGCCAUCCAAUCAUUGGAGCAAUCGCUAUUCAAUGCCUCUCGUCCUUCGUCUCUCGCUGCCCGCUGGGAGAGCGAGCUAGUCAUGGAGGCCGGGGAGCCUGUCCCUAGACUCGUAUUUGGAGCCGUUCCAAGCUUCCAAGAAGCUAAGGAGGCCACGGUAGAGCUGAAGGAGACCUUGGAUGAGUUGUAUCCGUUUUCACUUGAGUCCUCUGAAUUAGAAACUUCGUUGAUACCUGGACUUUCUCUGCCUCUGAACACUGAGGAACGUGAGAACAGAUCUCGUUUAAUCUGGGAGAGGAGAACAAGUAAUCCAGGGCCUGAACAUGCUCUUCAAGCAUUUAGAUUGCUCAGAAAUAACCCUAAAGUUCAGACUGUUGUUGCCUCCAUUGCCUCUGACCCAACUGUAUACAAUGCUAUGAUUGAGAAUCCUGAAGUUAAGCAAUUCAUCCUUGAAAACAGAACCAGUUCUGAUACUAUUGAGGAUGAAGCAAAUGUUACCCAAGUGGGGGAAUCAGGAGCAGGCGACAUGGGAAAGCUCAGGAACCUGAAAGAUUCAGUAAUUAGAAUGGUGACCAAUAUACCAAUUAAUCUUCCAAACUUAUUUGGAUCUUCGGCUGCAGACGGUGCUACUUCUGGAUCAGAUCACAAAGAAAAUACUCAAAGUGCCCCCAAAGGUGGCAAGUCAGCAUCAGGCUUUGUGGAAAAGCUCAGGAGCCUUAAAAAUUCAGUCGUUGAAAUGGCUGCUCAUAUACCAAAUUAUCUUCCCAAUGUCUUUGGAUCUUCAGCUGCAGAGACUGUUUCUGGAUCAGAUCAUAAGGGAAACACCCAAAGUUCUCCCACUGAUUGGAAUUUAGGAACAUCUCUUAUAGGGUUGGCAGUCAUGGUUAUCAUGGUUGUAGUCUUCAAGCGAGUUUAGACUCUCUCUCUCUCUCUCUAUCACUACAUUUCGCUGGACUUGUGGAACCUAUAUCUACCUUCAUAUGGAUGCUCCAGGGUUCGGUAAGUAUGUUAUGAGAGAUUAUGUCUAACUAUAUUUAUAUUAUACUGGGGAGAUAUUGCAUUAUGACUUAACAAAUCUGUUUAGCUUUUUUUAAUCAACUCUCUACGUUUGUAUAUAGAAUCAAUCUUGCUAUGAAUCGUGGGACUGAUGUUAUGACUUGA